GGACCCUCAAGCUACACAGCCUGCUGUUCUUCAGGAACUCCAUCCCUGGCCCAGCGUACCCUCGCGGACCGUUCCAAAAGAAAGCGUUUCCGUGAUGAAGUCAUGGUCCAUGUUCUUCAGAGGGUAGAGCAGCAGAUGCAGUACCAGAAGCAGAGGGAUGAAAGACUGGAACAACGGCGUGCUGAGAGGCAGGUGGAGCGGCUGAGGCUCGCCAUCCAGCUGGAGGCAAGCGUUUCAGCCAGGGAGCAGGCACUUGCAAAACAGUUCCUGGAACAGGAACGGCAGCUAAGGGAGGAGGACAGAGCCCAACAGAGAGAACUGUUCCAGCAACUCCUGUCUAUAAUGGCUGCAAGAGCACAAGCCCCUGCUACCUCUCCCACACCACGGCAUGAUGCCCCAUCAACGUACCCUCAGCCCAGCAGUAGGUGGGGACUUUCCCUGGCUGGAACCAGUCCCCUAGGGCAGCUCCCGGCUCUGCUGACUUCAACCCCUGAGCCGGGGACACCAGGCUGCAGAAUAACGUCCAUGUUUCGCUCCUGCUCAUCCCCUCUUCCCGGGCGACAGGGAAGGGAAAUGGCCGCUGUGGAGCCAGUUCAGCGACCGGUGACCUUCAAGGAGGUGGCUGUGUAUUUCACCAGGGAAGAGUGGGCUCUGCUGGACCCCGCUCAGAGAGCCCUCUACAGAGACGUCAUGCAGGAGAACUAUGAGAAUGUGACCUCGCUGGGGUUUCCAGUUUCCAAACCUGAUGUGAUCUCCCAGCUGGAAUGGGAGGAGGAGCCAUGGGUCCCAGAUCUCCAGGGCUCAGGAGAAAGAGAGAUCCUGAGAGGCAGCCGCACAGGAGAGGAAUCAUUCAACCAACUCAGAAACUGCGAUGGGAUGGUGAGUGCGGAUGCAGAACAGAAUUCUGAGCAGGAAGGUGCUGAGCAAGCGGAACUGCACAGAACAUUAUCACAGAGAUCGAAAGGGAAUGUGUCCAGGAGUCACGAGCAGGGAAAAACCUGGGAAAGUCAGCACAGGCCAGGAAGACAGCUGGGAAACCAAGCAGGGGAGAAAGUGGAUAAAUCCAGUAAUUGCCAGGGAACUCAAAAGGACCUCAAGGAAAGCAGAGCCCAGCAGAGAAUCCCCAGAGGAGAGACAAACAACACAUGCCUUGAGUGUGGGAAAAACUUCAGUCGCCACAAUGGCCUUAUUAGACAGGAGAGACUCCACACAGGAGAGAGCCCCUAUGAAUGCUGGGAGUGUAGUACAACCUUCAGUCCGAGUGCAAACCUUUGUACACAUCAGAAAAUCCACAAGGAAUAGAGCCCCUAUGAAUGCUGGGAGUGCAGUGAAACCUUCCCUCUGCGCUUACUCUUAUCGCAUAUCAGAAGAGGCACACAGGACAGAGAACAUGUAGGUGCUUCUAGUGUGGGGAAAAGCUUCCAUGAGAGCUCAGCUCUUUGUCAGCAGAGAAUCCACCAGGAAGAGAAACCCCCCAAAACCUUGUCUAGAGCUGACAAAAGAUUGUUUUUCUUCAGUGCCACAUAGUGACCUUUAAGGCUGUUUGCACCAUUUGUGUCACUCAUGGGUCCCCCAGAUAAGUUUCCCACUGUUGCCUUUUGGCACCUUAAAGACUAACAGAUUUAUUUGGGCAUAA